GGGCAGGGCGGAGGGGGGACUUCCGCUGGUCCAUGAAGCGGAUUACUGCUGCUUCACCAUCUCGGCUGACCCGGAGACGUCCCUGCAGCCAGAGGAGCACCACGCACCAUGGAUUUCAACGUGAAGAAGCUCGCCUGCGGCGCGGGGGUCUUCUUCACCCGAGCAGUGCAGUUCACAGAGGAGAAACUGGGCCAAGCUGAGAAGACGGAGCUGGAUCCCCACUUGGAGAACCUGAUCACUCGGGCAGACUGCACCAAGAACUGGACGGAAAAAAUCUUAAGACAAACCGAGGUGCUCUUGCAGCCCAACCCAAUUGACCACACUGGUGCUCGAAUAGAAGAGUUCAUCUACGACAAGCUGGACAAGAAGCUUCCCUCCAGGACGACAAACACGGAGCUGCUGGGCCAGUACAUGUUGGAAGCCGCCCAUGAAUUUGGUCCAGGGACACCAUACGGCAGUACCCUGAUCACAGUGGGAGAGUACCAGAAGAGACUGGGUGGAGCCGAGCGGGACCUCCUCCAAGCCUCAGCCGUCGGCUUCCUCACUCCUCUACGCAACUUCCUGGAAGGAGACUGGAGGACAAUAUCAAAAGAGAGGCGUCUUCUGGAGAAUCGGCGGCUCGAUCUCGACAUCUGCAAAGCACGUCUGAAGAAAGCCAAACUGGCAGAAGCCAAAGCAGCGGCUGCACCCGAUUUUCAGGAGACAAGACCUCGAAAUUAUGUUCUCUCUGCCAGCGCUUCAGCGCUGCUGAGUGAGGAAGCAGACAAAGCAGAGCACGAGCUCCGCGUCGCCCAGACAGAGUUCGACCGACAAGCUGAGGUGACCAGGCUGCUGCUGGAGGGCAUCGGCAGCACGCAUCUCAACCACCUGCGCUGCCUGCAGGAUUUUGCCGAGGCUCAGGCCACUUACUACGCCGAGUGUCAUCACUACAUGCAGGACCUUCAGAGGGAGCUCAGCAAAUGUUCUAAUUCCGUCAGCACCCCCCACCCUACCGCUGCUGUGUGCCCCGACCCCGUCUCCUCUGCUUUCCUGUCUGGACCACCGUCCCCAGUCUCCUCUCUGUCCAGACCCAGCCCGCUGGCGAUGGAGCAGGCCGCGCUCCCUGUCACAGGCACCAGGAAGGCCAAGGUCCUGUACGACUACGAGGGCCACGAUGGAAGCGAGCUGUCCCUGUUGGCUGAUGAGCUCAUUACUGUACACACAGUACCAGGAAUGGAUCCUGAUUGGUUGAUUGGAGAACGGGGGAACCAAAAGGGAAAAGUCCCAGUCACCUACCUCGAACUGCUGAGCUAAUGGACCAAACAAGAGGAUGCACACACACACACACACACAUACAUGUGUGCAUUCAGUACAGUUACAUUUUCAUCUUAAACACUCAUGGUAUCUGUUGCAAAAUGUUCUAUAAAUACAGGUGACUCGUGGGAGGAAAUUGAAACAAAGGCUUGUAACUGUGGAAGCAACCGUUUUGUUUGGUGUAGCUGUGUGGGUCAUUAUGAAGGUCUCCCUCCUAUUUUAGUAACGUGUGUUCGAUGUGGUAAGUCCACAGUUACACCUACACUCCCUCAUUUUGCCAUCAGAGCACUCUGGAUAUUUUUGUGUUUAAAAACUGAAAUUCCUCUGAAUCUGUAUUUAUGAGGCUUUUAAAGAAUUUGCAUAAUCCAUUAAAGGAUCUUUCUGGUUCACAACA